AUGGCCGACAAACGGCCCCAGAGUCAUGCGACGUCUCUGACGUCCCUCCUCUUUGGGCGCCGCACCAGCAACAAGUCGUCCUCGUCCAAGUCUUCCUUAGCCCUCACCUCAAACCAGGUCGAUGCACGAAAAGCGACUCCCAGCUCGAGCGUCACUACCAGCGACCAGUUCGAUGAGGACGCCGCAAGACUCACCUCUCCACGCGGAGGCACCGUGCCCUUACCCGGCAUCUCUGGCCCCGCUGCCUCCGGGUCGUCUGCCCCGUUCCAGAUUGACCAGGCACUGGCGUCGAUGGAGACGAUGGAAAAGAAAAGCACAGAGCUCGUCGAUCUCGUAAAGUCGACGAGCGUGCACCUCGCCAACGUUCUGCUUGACCACCAUGGCUCGAGUCCGCCUUCGCUCGAGGAGAUGGGGCUCGAUGCCGAGGGUGCGCGGAAACUGUAUGGCUACGCGAUCGACUUUUGCUCCCCGAACAGCGAGUACGCCCUGCGUACUGCCGCGAUGCGGCUGCUCGCGGUACUGCUUGGCGCUAUGCCCCCGCGUGAAGCUGCCCUCGACCCUGCCCCCGCCUAUCUCCCGCCAACCGUAACGAAGGUGACGCUGUACCGACUUAUCACGGCGCCAUCGGCCAACUCUCCAGGUUCGGGUCCCACGCACACGAACCAGAUCUUUGUUGAAGUCGGCGCCCUGAAGGCGUUGACGCGAGACGGCCAAUAUAUGGACGGCAUGGACGGCAUCGCGGGCUGGCUGACACGCACGCUGAUCGACCUGCAGCCCGACUGGGUGGCAUGGUGUGCGGAGCCGGACGACAGUGUGCUCGACGACAGUCGCGACUCACCCUUUGGUCCCAUCAAGAGUGCAUCACCCGCGACGGCUGCGUGCGAGAUCAUCGCCCUUCUCUCGUCUAUCAUUCAGAACCGCCUCCCCCUCUUCGCACCCAACGACCUGAGCGCUGUCGUCCGACCGAUCCUCAAAUACCUGUGGGCCGGCAUCACGGCCACCAUCUCUGCCUCCUCUCCGGAGGGCGCAACUUCGCCCCAAGGCCCCAGCUCGACGCACUCCUCGGUCCACCACUCAAAGCACGGCUCGCCCAUCAGUGCCGUCCGCCGGGGCGCCGAAACCCGACGUACCUCGAGCUUAACUGUCGGACGCGUGGAGCCCUUCCCCGCCAAGCCGUCCAAGUCGCCUUCUCGCUCGCCCAUUGUGCGGCCGCCCAAGUGGGAGUCGCCGUUCAAGGCCAUGUGCGCGCUAGUUCACAUGCUGUUCGAGACGACGACGAUAAACGAUGACCUGUUCAACCGCGUGUUUGAGCUGCUGUGUUUUGCGUUCGGACAGGACGACACGAUGCUGGGCGCGGAUCUGCUGUUGGUCGCGCAGGAGCUUGUGCAGACGAUGCUCGGAGCAAAGAGUGGACGUCGAGGCGAGCUUGCGCUGCGUAAGGCGCUCGAGGGCCGGCUUAUCAUCACGAAGAACGAGGCGCGCAAGAACAUUGACGUUGAGCGCAAGGUGACCCGUGGCGCCGUUGUGAUUGUCCGCAUCUGCAUUCAGGAUGCCGCCUUCAUGGCGCGUCUCGGCACACGCUCGUUCUCGUUCUCGUCACUGGCUUCCUCACUCGUCGCCGCCGAGUCCACCGCCCGGUACCCCGGAAACGAUAGGAUCGACGUGUGGGCGCGCUGGAACCCGGUCGAUAUGGAGAUCUUGCAUUUGGUUGAGGCUCACCUGAAUGCCCUCGAGGACGGAUCUGCCACCGGCAACGUCGAUGCGUGGACGGAGGGCGAGGCUGCCGCUGAGGUUCUUGACGGUCUCCGUGCGGUCGUGCAGGCGAACGCCCCUGACUCUGGACGAGGCUUGCUGAAGACGGGCAACGUGCCACUCGUGUCACUGUUCAGCACACUAGUGCACCGAGUCCCGCACGCGGUCGGCAAGCUGCACGCGCGCCUUCACACCAGCCAAUCGGCGGCGCAGUCCGACCCUUCGUUCUACCAUCCGAAGUACAUUGAAUUGUUACUCGACCUGGGUCCGAACCUGGACGAGGAGACCGGCGCGAUUAUCAUCGACUACUACCAGCGGGAGUGCCUGUGUCUUCCGUUCACUUCGGAAUGGAUCAAGAACAUCUGGAAGCUGCUUGAGGCGUUCGCUCUCUCGAAUGACCUGCCCAUUGCGCGCGAGCGUGUCUCACAUCUGCUCUACAACGAUGUCUACGUGUAUGUCGAGGAUUUGCCCGAGAGUCGCGAGCAGCUUGUUGAGCAGGUCAUCGUGCCGUACUUCGAGCGUUGGCUGCCCGAGGAAACGGACGACGAGCUCCUGCACGAUGCCCUCGAGGUGCUCGUUCGUGCUGCGGUCUCCGAGACGAUGCAGAAGGACGACGAGCGUAGGCGCGAGCGUGCAAACCGCGCUCAGGUUGACGUUGAAGCGGAGGACGCGAAUGCCCUUCCAACCCAACAGAUGGAAGAGGAGAUGCAGAGUGGCAGCUUCGAUGCGAUCCGCAAGCUGCUCACGAAGCUUGCAAACGAGCCGGCGUGCAAGGAAGUCUUUGGAGGCGAAGCGGUCACGUCUCGCUUAACGUCGCCGCUGUCGCCCGGAAUCGAGCCGAUGACGAGCCCACCCUUAAACCCUGUUCGAGGCCGUGCGCCGCGCGAGUCUGGUCUCCGCUCGCUCAUGCGCACUCUGUCCCCUGCACGUGAGCCGAGCCCGAGCUCGAGCAGCAACGUUUCGGUCGCCCACGAGGAUAUCAGUAAGGAGAAGGAAAGCAGGGAUAGUAAGGAUAGUGAGGAGAGCAAGAAGAUCAUCCCCGCGCGCAAGGGCAACCAGCACACCGACUGCAAGAGUGUGCACGCCGUCAAGGCGCUGAUUGCGAUAUUCACGAGGCUCGCCUUCACCUCACCGCAGACGCGCGUCAAUGGUCAGCGGCCGAUCCGCACACCGGCCUCUGCGCGUUGCAUCGUUGUUUACCGCGACCUGAUUUGUCUCCUGUUCCCACUGUCCGAGACGCCGGGCAUCACAAAGCUGCCCGCUCGCUGUCCGCGUGCUCGUCUCACGAUUCUCCAAUGGUCUAUGCGGCUGCGUGCCGACCGACAGCACCGUAUCCUGUUCCGCGGUGACAUCAACCGCUUCGUCGCACCGUUUGCGUCGAUCCUGUAUCGCACGAAGGAGACUGAGGAGAGCGUGCGCCAGGCGAUGGAGCAGGAGGAGCAGCGCAAACGCAUGCGCUCACAGGGGCCUGCUGGUGGACGCGCCUCGACUGGAGGAGCGGACGAGGAGCGCGGCCGUACAGCGCGUCCCGACCAGCCGUCAACCCGUUCGCGCUCUCGCUCCAAGGCUGCUGGGCCCAUGCUGCGUACUGCUAGCAUCGAUUCGCAGCAGUACAACCCCCUGUGGUGUGUGCCGGAGACGCUCGACUUCGAAGCGCCGCCCGACAACCAGCCUUCCGAAGGACUGAUGACAUACGACCCGUACCACCCCAGUCUGAUGGUGGAGGGCGCGCCGCUCGUCGAGGGUGUCUGGCUGCCCGUAUCGGAAUACGUGCGGGCACUGAACGGCCUGCUGCGUUGGGAAUCGAACUGGGAGCUCGUCUCGUACGUGCUCACGUUCCUGCCGCAGCAGCUUGGUAACAAGCACUUCUUCCACGGCACGCGUGCGACGCGUGAGGUCAAGGGCCUGCUCCGCGUGCUCUGCGAGGGUAUCCUCGAGACGGACAAUCGCUGGGAGCGCCGUUUCCAGACUCCCUCGUUCAUCAAGCGCCCGCACAUCAACUCCGCUGCAUACCAGUCUCUCUCGAUUCUGAUUUCGUACCGCUCUACCUUCGACCGCGGGGAGUGCGAUGCGCUCGUGCAGUCGCUCGUCGCCGGACUUGAGGGAAACGCGCUUCUCGCCAAGCCGUGUCUUCAGGCGCUCACGAUCUGUAUUCACGAGUUGGAGGGAUAUGUCGCCAAGAACAUGCUCGCUAUUCUUCAGAAGACACAGCAGAUUCUCUCUACCCCCGCCGUUGCUGUGCACAUUCUCGAGUUCCUCGUCGCGCUCGGCAACUCGUCUCUCUACCGCAACUUCACCGACGACCAGUACCGGCUGGUGUUCGCCGUCGCUAUUGGCUACAUCGCCGAGCACAACACGCGCUCGGAUCAGAGUGUCGACUUCAGCGGCGCGCGCGAUGCGUUCACUCUCUCACAGCAUGUGAUCGGCCUCGCGUACCACGCCAUCUACUUAUGGUUCCUGACGCUCAAGAUCCCGCAGCGUCAGCGUCACGUCAGCGAGCUGGUGCGCGGCCUCCUUCAUGCGAAGAGCCAGCGCGCUCCCGUCGACGAGCGCACUGAGGUGUGCUUCGACUGGCUAGCGCGCUACACCUACGGCAACGCGGACCCGAAGCCUGCCUCGUCUUUCCUGAACGAGAUGGUCAUGGUGCAGAACGGAGACAACGACACCCCUCCCCGCUCCCAGUCGUGGCUGCUCGGCGGCGCCAUCAUCACCAUCACGGCUCACGCGCGCACGGGUUGGGCCACGACCCAAACCACGCGCGCUACUGGCCAGACCGCCGUCGUGUGCAAGCUCGAGAAUGUACCGCUGUUAGACCUCGGAGAGGCGAAUGCCGACAUGACCUCGCUUCCUGCGACGCUCAUGGCGAAUCGCGAGCUCGUGCGCGACGUCAACAUUGACCCUGUCGCGGACCAAGACGUGUCGACCCAGAAGGAGCCGGAGGUGCCCGCCGAGAAGGCGAUUGAUGGCGACAUCGACCCCGCGCGCGCCAUCGCACUCGUCAAGCCCAAGUCUGACGCCCAGGAGCCCGAGACCUACGUCUGGUCCGGUGUCACUCCGUCCCAGCGCCGCAAGGACGUCGUCAUCGAGCCCUCGUAUCUUGCGCUGCAGCUUCUGUCUUCUUACCCGAACAGCUCCGCAGCUAUUCCUCGCGGUCGUAUCAUUCCGAAAGAGCCCAAGUUUGACCGUGCUCUGCGCGGUAUCGAGGCUACGCCAGUCAUCAAUGCGCAGUCUAUCGCGGUGCUUUACGUCGGUCCCGGACAGACGACCGAGCGCGAGAUCCUCGGCAACACGGAUGGCUCGCCGCUUUAUCUCGACUUCAUGGCCGGGCUCGGACGCGUGAUCAAGCUGAAGGGCCAGAUGGACGUAUUCACUGGCAAGCUCGACCGCGUGAACGACACGGACGGCGCCUACGCCUACGCGUGGUGGGACGAUCUGGCGCAGAUCAUCUUCCACACGGUCACGCUCGUGCCGAACCUGCCGCACGACCCCGAGUUCAACAACAAGAAGCGUCUCGUCGGCAACGACUACGUGCGCAUCGUGUACAACGAGUCGGGGCAGGACUAUGCCUUCGACACGCUGCGUACGCAGUUCAACUUCAUCAACAUUGUCAUUUCGCCGUACGCGACGCGCGACGUCGCCGACGGUUCGGGUGGGCCUAUGGGGCCCUCCGGACUCGGCGGCGCGACGUCGCCUCCGCCCGGCGCCGCUCCCGGAGCCGGCGGGGCCGGCGGCCUGGACGACUGGGGCGGCGACAGCGAGGACUUCUUCAAGGUGACGCUGCAGCGAGCGCCAGGUAUUCCCGACUUCAGCCCUAUUGGCGAGUACAAGCUCGUGUCGAAGAAGAACCUGCCGAGCCUCGUGCGGCAGAUGGCUCACCAUGCGCACUCGAUGGCGGUCCGCUUCCAGCACGUCCAGAACUCGAGCAAUGCCGCCAGCGCAGAGUACAUCACCUCGUGGCGAUACCGGCUGCGCUCUAUCGCGAGGCUGCGCGAGCUGCUGCCCCAGAUCGCGGAGCCGGGAGAGGAGGGAAACAAGGAGGAGGUGCUGCGUGACUUUACGCGUAUCUUCUCGCCGCCCCAGCCUGCCGAGUAA